UCGCGGGAAUUGAAAUCAUUGAUUUUGAAAACAAAGAUCUUUGUCUGAAAAAAUAAACAAACCAUUUACAUUUUAUUUUGACAAAAUCAGCACUUGUCCUAUCAUGCCACCAAAGAAGAGAGGUGCUGGAGAAACAAAUGGAUCGGGAAAGAGAAAGAAGAGGAAGAAUACUGACGAUUUCGAGGAGUUUGAUGAUGAAGAAGCAGUUGAUAAUUCUGCGACCGGCGAUGCCAUAGAUCAUAAAGACGGCGACACCACUGAUUAUUCGGAUGUCAAACUAGAAGGUUCCAUGUUAAGUGGAGAAGUCUUGUUUUGUGGUGGAACCAACUGGGACUUGAUAGGAAGAAAUAAACUACCAAAGAAUGCCAAAGGAGGUGGCCCUAACCUUUGGUGUCCACAUAGAUUAGCCAAAUUGUUAGGAGUGAAAAUUCGAACUGUAGCUUCAUCCACUGGUUGUUGUCAUUGUGCUGUUAUAACAACAGAUGGCAAAGUAUUGACUUGGGGGAGGAAUGAAUCAGGACAACUUGGACAAGGGAGCACAGAUAGAGUUGAUAGCCCUACAGUAGUAUCAGCUUUAGAAGGUCUCAAUGUUAUAGAUGUGGCAUGUGGAAAACAACAUACAUUAUUUGUCACAGAAAAAGGUGUUGUGUAUAGUUGUGGUGAAAACAAAUAUGGACAACUUGGACUUGGUCAUCAGAGUUGUAAUGUGUACACACCCACAAAGAUCUCAUUUAAUGGACCACCAAUAAAGAAAGUGGCAGCAGGAGGAGACUUCAGUAUGAUGAUCGACAUCAGAGGAAACCUCUACUCAUUUGGUUGUCCAGAGUAUGGACAGUUAGGACAUAACACAGAUGGUAAAUUCUUUGUCACUAGCAAUAAGUUAUCGUUCAAAUGUGAGUUAUACCCCCGUAAAGUGAACGUCUUCAUUGACAGAGACAGAGAUAAUCGUAUUGUACCUGUAACAGACGUAGAACUCAGAGAUAUUGCUUGUGGACAUAACCAUUCGGUGGCAUUAGAUGUAAAGAAGAGAAUAUUUACCUGGGGCUUUGGUGGUUAUGGUCGAUUAGGUCACAGUGAACCAAAAGAUGAAAUGGUACCAAGAAAACUAGGCUACUUUGAUGGACCAAAUAGAGGAGCUAAACAAGUAUAUGCAGGAUCGACAUUUUCUCUAGCAGUCAGCGAACAUGGGGCAUUAUUUUUAUGGGGCCAACAGAAACCAACAGGAGAAGCUGCUAUGUACCCUAAACUUGUUCAAGAUCUCAGUGGCUGGAGAAUAAGAAGCCUUGGUUGCUGUAACAAAAGUAUAGUGGUUGCUGCUGAUGAUAGCUUAGUUGCAUGGGGACCAAGUCCAACCUAUGGUGAAUUGGGUUUUGGAGACACCAAAAAAAGUUCAUCUUGCGCUCAGGAAGUAAAAACCCUUGGGAAUAUUUACAUUCACUCAGUGGCUUGUGGUUAUGGACAUACAUUAAUGAUUGCUAGAAACGAUACAGAGGAUGAGAAAAAUGAGAUAGAAAAAAUGGAUGUUUAUACUCCAUAACUGUAGUUGUAUGUCUAUAAAUAGAUCAGGAAAAUUUAAUAAUGAUCUUCAAUUGGAGGUUAACCUUUCACAGGGUAUUAAAACAACAUAUGUACCAGUUAUUUGGAAAUUUUCAUAUUUUUUUUAAACAUAUUGUUGAAAAUUGCAUAAUGUUGGACACACAAAGUGCUUAGUACUAUGAUAUAAUAUACAAGAUGAAAUAUUAUGGCCUUAAAACAGUAAUGCUCCAGGUGGGGGUUAGAAUUCAAAUUUAAAAAUAGAUUCUGAUACAUACAAAAUUUAGCAAGAAGAAAAUCUCCAUAUUAUGUUUUAGUAAGGAGCAUAUGAUUGGUUAAAUAUUAUUUGACAUUAUUACAUGUGUAUAUGUUUAUUACAGAUUAAAUGAAUUAUAUAAACCAAAUUAAAUGAAUUUUUUAUUGGCAUACUGCUGUUUUAAACCUUUAAUCAUUUCUUGCAAAUAAAUUGUUAAGGCUCGCCAGUAUAAAAAGUGAGAAUUAUUUUAUAAAGUAAUAAUGAUUAAAAAAAUCUAUAGAUGAGAAAGCAAAUUUGUCUUAUAUUUAUAGGGUGAAGAAAACAAAAAGAAAACCAUAAAAAUCAGGAUUAAAUUAGUAUUUUGUUUUUAUCUACCUCUGUCAUUUCCACAUAUUAUAUACAUGUAUAAAAUUUUCUGUGAUCAUGCCAAAAAAUCAAAUUUUGUAAAUUCAUUGUUGAUACCUAACAGCUUUACAUUUGAUAAAUUUGCUGUUUCAAUAUCCAAUGCAUUCUGGGUAAUACUGACAAAAAUCUACCCUAAAAUGUUACAAUUGGUUGAUAAUGUCUUGAACAAUGGAUAUUCCACUCAUGCCGUAUGUACAAGGAAUUUACUCAUAAUUCUUCAAAUUCUGAAACAGUUAUUUACUUUUAAGGAAUCUGUACCAUAAUCGAUCACACCAUCCCUAAAUACAUAAAGAUGUAAUUGCAUAAUUAUCAAUAUUACUGGUAAAUAUCAGAAUUUCUUGGUAAACUAAAGAAAAAGCAUAUAAAAAGUGUAUUUGGAUAGAAUGCCUGUACAUGCAAUGAACUUGUCAUAUCAUAAUAAUUCUGAAUAUUCUUGAUAUUCUCAGAUAUUACUGUUAUUUUCAUUGUGAUGUAUUCUCCACUGAACUUCAAGUAACAGACAGUAAAUCAGUUAAUUAUUGUGGUACAGAUGUCUCUUAAUUGUGACCUAUUUAGCAACGAACUUCAUCCAAUACUUAUAGUAUUGAUGGAACCUACUAUUAAAAAGAUUGAAAAGUUGAAUUAUGCAGUGACUAAUUUGAUCAAAAAAUUUACUUGUGCAAUAUUUAAUUACACUUCGUAGAAACUGAGAUGAAGUAUAAAUUUUAGCUUACAUGAUCAAAAUUUGUUCAGAUGUAUUUUCUGUAAAUCCAAGAUUCCUCCCAUUGCAGUGUAAUAAAUUCUGACAAGUCUCAUCUUCAGAUUCAUGAACACAUAUAAUAUGUUGACCUCCAUCCAUUGUAUUUCAUUGUAUAUGAAUCAUAUCAAAUUUAAACAAUUAUAUUGUUCUUGUUGUAGAUUUUUGUUUUCACUUUACAAUAUUUGUGAAAAGAGUUUUAUUUUUUGUGUUAUAGAACAGUUCAGUGAUUGUAGAUUGUCUUAUUCCAUGUAUGGUUAAAUCUGUCUGAAAAUAUUCAUUAAUUGAUUAACCUGUUUCAACAAAUUGUCUGUCUAUUAUGAAUUAAAUGCUCAGUUUUAUAGGGAUUUGGUUUAGAAAGAUUUGACAGUAUUAAAGUCUUACUUAAAAUCAGGCAGAUUAAAAGCAUACAAAUUUACAUCAAGUUUAAAUCACAGUAAUGAAGUACUUAUUAUUUUGGUAAAAUGCAACAUAAGGGGUGAUAACUCAGUAUUAAAAUACUGUAAUACAAUACUCUCAUUACAACUCAUUUUACAAAGAAUCUUACUAGCGAAAAUACUCUUUAUGAGCAUUUCAGUAUUAAUCUUAAAAUUUUUUUGUGAAAAAGGUCACUGUUCAAGAUCAAAAUCUUAUGGAAAGUAAGAUGAGUUUCCUCAAUUCUAUUUAUAGAUUUUUUGAGACUAGCACUUAAGGACACAGUUAGUACUUACCAUUCCACAAAAAAAAAAAAUAUUGUGUUGUAAUGACACUUCUCAAUACUUAGAUGCUACUGUGUGUAACAUUCAGUCUAGAAGAAUUUCAAAUUGAAAUGAUUGUGUACAAUUUACAUUUAGAGAAAGUGGGUUUUAUAUUCACAGAACAAAACAUUUUUAUGAAUUUGUACUAAUUAGUUUUCUUGCAUUUUAUGUUAACUUUAUGUAAAACAAAACCGACAAAUUUGACCAAUAAUUCUUUUUGCAAUGUAUCCCUUGUGGCACUGUAUUUGCCUUUUAGGUAAAAAGUUAAAUAAGACUUGCUGUUGAUUCAUUAAUAUUAAUGGGAUACUAUAUUAUUACAAAUUUCAGUGGAUUUUGUGGGUAGAGGAAAACCAUAAACUUAAACGUUAGAAAAAAUUCAAAUUUUUAAUUUCUUUUUAUAGAAAAAAAAAUGAUGAACCAUGACAUAGCAUUUUCUUCUCCAACCACGAAAAUUGAUACCAAGGAAAAUAACUGAAUCCUCAUAAUCCACCUUCUGGCAGAAACAGAAAAAUACAUAGGUAUACUCAAUAAUUGAGCUACAGAUUUUUGUCCAAGAAUAUGUAGCAGAAAGUUAUUAAAGAAUGUUUUUUGAAAAAAAAAAAAAAAAAUGCUGAAAAUUAAUUAAUAGGAUAUUUCUGACAGAGGGGAUAAGUCUUACCGAUUCUCUUACAAAAGGAUCAAAUACAGCCAAGCAGUGCAACAAGAGAAACUUUGCAAACGUACUAUCAUAUACGCAUAAUCAACUGUCAUGUAUUCAUUUUUGGGGAUACAAUUUUUUUUACUUUAUUCAGAUAUUGUAAUGAAAAAAAGUUUGAAACAACAAAAAUCAUUUUUGUAUCUGUUUGUUUCAAUUCAAAAUCAUUUGUUUUAAUUCUGUAUCAUUGUGUUUCAAUUUUGAUAUAAUUUGAUUCAAUUCAAUAUCAUUUUGUUUCAGUUCUGUAUCAUUAAGUUCUGUGUCAUUUAGUUUCAGCUCUGCAUCAUAUUUUGAGUUUGAUUUUCCUAUCACCUGUCAUUAUUUGUUAUAGUGCAAUACAACAAUUAAUAAAGAUCUGAACUGUA